GCUGGCGAGUUAUGGCCGAUGGAACGGCCUGAAGGCAUGCCAGUAAUACAAUCGCUAGAGGUCAUGUGCGGGAAGGAUCACAUGGACGUCCAUCUUACGUUCUCUCACCCCUUCGAAGGCAUUGUAUCGUCAAAAGGUCAACAUGGUGACCCUCGAUGUGUGUACGUGCCGCCGUCAACGGGUCAGACGUACUUCUCAUUUCGGAUCGCAUACGCCAAGUGUGGCACUAAACCAGACCUCCACGGGCAGUUCUACGAGAACACAGUGGUGGUACAAUACGACAAGGACCUGCUUGAAGUAUGGGAUGAAGCGAAGAGAUUGCGUUGCGAAUGGUUCAACGAUUACGAGAAAACCGCCUCCAAACCUCCCAUGGUUAUCGCUGAUCUGGAUGUUGUACAGCUAGAUUUUAGAGGAGACAACGUGGACUGCUGGAUGGAGAUCCAAGCAGGGAAAGGUCCUUGGGCAGCCCCUGUGUCCGGCAUCGUUCCUUUGGGGUCCACUUUAACGCUGGUGGUCGCCAUCAACGAUUAUCGAGGUGAAUUCGACAUGCGAGUGAAGUCGUGUGCUGCGUCAGAUGGCUCGGGCCAUGUGAUUCAACUGUCAGAUGAAUAUGGAUGCGUGUUACGACCCAAGAUGAUAUCACGGUUCCUCAAAGCCAAAGCAGUGGAUGAGCGAGCAACAGUCAUCACCUACGCUUUCUUCCAUGCCUUCAAGUUCCCUGACGCUCUAAGCGUGCACAUUAGGUGUAAGGUUGAGAUUUGUAGACAUGGCUGUCUAGACCACUGUCAGCUGGCUGGAGUAACUCCUCAAAGACAUGGAGCUUUGGACAGGAAAGAUGAUAGAACACACCAGGACCAUAAUGAGAUCAAUGACUCAUCAGCUGAAGAUGGCGGUCUCUCCGAUCUGUCAGAAGAAGCCCGUCUUCCUCUUGAAGAAGCUUUCGGUGAUGAAGUGUCAGGAGAUGUUGUUUUGGCACCAGCGCCGCUGCCACAAAGAGCACCAGCACCUGUUAUUGAACCUGAAACCGAUCACAUGUCUGCCGUUGAAGAAUUGGUUGAGGCUCUUGCUAGACCCUUCACGGAUCGUCCUUCUAACAUUGACCGAGAACGUUUCCCUCAUGGACCUCGUAACUUUGGCACUAACAUGAGUCCUGAACCUUCUGGCGAUGGGGUGGUACCCGCUAAAGCACCAGGCCCAGCUGUAGCUGGUCCCAGGUCUCUACGUAAACGACGAACCGUUCGGGACGCUAGAUCUGCUGAUGUUGGUGUUUCGGGAAUAUACGAAGUUGUCUCUGAAGCUGAUUUGGCUUUUGGUCCAUCAAGAACUGAACCUGUCACUGUAUUUAGUGGACGGAUUCGUGAAGAGGUUGUAUACGGAAUUUGUAUGGGCGCUGUUAGUUUCGGCGCUCUCUUUGCUUCGGCCGCUGGAGCUGCAGCAGGAGCGGCAUUGGCUGCAGCAGUUUUGCUCCAAAAACUUCGCUCACGGAUGGCAGUCCAGCCUCCAAUUCCAGUAUCUCCGGCACCGGCUUCGCACUCUCUUGCCGCGUGGAUGGCUCUUCGUCUCCUUGGCUCACAACCUCACCCACACCACUCCCGUGAUGGUUGACCCAUCACCCCAACCACAAUCCUACCGAAGACUGUUCUUAGAUGCUAAAUAUUUUUCGAAUUAUAUUUCUUCUCCCUUUAUUAUAUAGUUAUUUGUAGCAAUUUCUCUCUUCCCUAUGUGUAUAAUAUUGAAGAAAUUAUAUUUUCUUCCAAAUAGAGUUAGCUACCUGAUAAAAAAUAGUUUUGUACCCUUGAUUGGAAUUAAAAGGUCAGUUGCAUCCAUGUAUUAGAUGUUAGACUCGCAGAAAAUUAUUUAUAGUAUGCUUAUAAUUUAUAUUAGUUCAUAAGUGAUGUUUCUAGAUCGCCUUAAAUAAUGAUGCUAGGUCGUGCUACGGACGAAGUCCUAAGAAACCUGAUAUUUUGAAUGUUUCACUCGUGUGAAUAUUAUACAUUUUUAUACCGAUAAGUUUGUACAGAUUUUUUUCUAUAUUAUUAUUGACUAACUUAUUAUCAUUGUCGUGUUCUUUAGUGUCUCUAGGAUAAGUAUAAACGUCGAGUCAUGCCAUUAGUGUAAGGUUUAGUUAAUUCGUUCGAUUUCGAGUUUCAUGUACUUAGCACAAUUUACGAAUAGUGUGAGAUGACGCAAACAUAACAUUGAUUUCGAUAAUUUUGGAAUCGGUGUUAUUUGUUACAUUAUCUUUAGGUACUGGACCUCUGAGGCUUUAGGCAUACUACAUCAGUAGGUACCUGCUCCAUGUUUGCUAUUCAUUUAUUCAUUGGUCACGUUCAUUUUAUUGGAAAUUAAUUUUAUUAUUUAUUAAAUUUAUUUGUUCUUUUAUUUAAAAACAUAU